AUGGCAAGUCAUACAAAACACAACAAGUACAUUGUUAAGUACCAGUCACCAACUUCAGUGCAUAGUAGUAUCACACACUUUACUUUAAUUAUUGCUGCCGUUUGUAAAACGUUCCUUAUNCUUGAAUGGGUUCAGGGUGACUGGAAUGGAGCUGGAGCUCACUGCAACUACAGUACAAAGACCAUGAGGAACGAUGGAGGAUUACAAGUGAUAAAGAAAGCAAUAGAGAAGCUUCAGCUGAAACACAAAGAACACAUUGCUGCUUACGGUGAAGGCAACGAGCGUCGUCUCACGGGGAAGCACGAAACCGCAGACAUCAACACCUUCUCAUGGGGAGUCGCGAACCGUGGAGCUUCUGUCAGAGUGGGACGUGACACUGAGAAGGAAGGUAAAGGUUACUUCGAGGACCGAAGGCCAGCUUCUAACAUGGAUCCUUAUGUUGUCACCUCCAUGAUCGCUGAAACAACCAUCCUCGGUUGAUGACAUGUUUCAUUAUUUGAUUUGCCCUGUUUGGUUUCUUCUUUUGUGAUUGCACCUUUCGAUUAAAAAUAAAUUCUUAUAAUGGCGUAUUUGUGACAUUUUGUGGUUUGUUUCGAAUAAUUAAAAAAAAUAAGCGAUUCUUAA